AUGUCAUCCAUUGCUGUUGCUUUAGGCAUGCUGCCCUUCCCACUCACAAUCCCCUCUGCCCCUCCCCCUUCCUUGGCAGACACGUGUGUGCUCAAGAGGUGUGGGGCCAAGUGCGUGAAGAGCGCUGCAGGAGUGGCGUCCUGUGUGUGUGACCCUGGCUUCGUGCUGCAGCCUGAUGGCGUCACAUGCACUGACACAUGCGUGCUCAAGGCGUGUGGAGGCAACGCCACGUGCAUCAAGGACAGCGGUGGAGUGGCGUCCUGUGUUUGUAACUCUGGCUUCGUCCUGCAGGCUGAUGGCAGGACGUGCACUGACACAUGCGCACUCGAGGCCUGUGGUGCGAACAGCCGGUGCAUGAAGUUCGGCACUACUAAAGUGGCGUCCUGUCUGUGUUACACUGGCUUUGUGCUGCAGGCGGAUGGCAGGACGUGCACUGAUACCUGUGCCAUUCAGGGCUGCGACGUUACGGUUUCUGAGUGUGUGAAGGACGGUGCAGGCAUCGACCCAUGUGGGGGCUGCCCUGCAGGAGCCACGUGCACGGCCACUGCCUCUGGGAACGUUCCAUACUGCUCGUGCCCUCCCGGCUAUGGCAUGACUAGCACCGGCUGCAUCAGCGAGGCGUGUGGGUCCAAGAUCUGCGAUCCAACAACUGACUGUGCGAGGGACGCUGCAGGCGGGGCAACCUGUGUGUGCAAGGCGGGCUAUCAGAGCAUCUCCGGCACUUGUGUCGGCCCCGCCACAUGUGGGAACUGCCCUACAGGAGCCACCUGCACGGUUACCUCUGGCAAUGUGCCGUACUGCAUCUGCCCUCCUGGCUAUGGCAUGGGGUACUCGUCUUGCAUCAGCGGAGCUCGCCCCGAUGCCUCCUCCACCAGCAUCACCUUCUACGAUCAGACCAACUACACCAUCACCCCCAACACCUACACCAUGCGUCUGCCAUACAACUCCUGCAGAUCCCUCCCUGCAGCCAUUGCCGAGCGCGCCCUGUCUCUCUGGCGUGUGGACGGGGUUCCUGGGGGUGCGGGUAACUGUGCAUCAGUGUUUGGUUACACUCGGGAGAGCUGCCAGGGGCCUCCCACUUGGCUGCCUCUUGCCUCGAGUGGGAUGGGAAUGAGUGCAGAAGGAAUCAUCGACCAUUCGCCUGCGGGGUCGUAUCCUUACCACGCCUUCAGCUGUUCUCCUGUUGGUCCCUGUGUGGUCAAGGCCUGCAGCGCCAACAGCACGUGUGUCGUGAACAGUGGUGGAGUGGCGUCCUGCGUGUGUGACCCUGGCUUCGUGCUGCAGGAAAAUGGCAGGAGGUGCAUUGAGCCGUGCUCUAUCUGUGACGGCAACCAUGCGUGUGUGAAGGAUGCCGCGGGUGCAGUGACCUGUGUGUGCAAGUACGAGAUGGUGGGCGGCACGUGUGUGGGACCUGCCACGUGUGGGGCAUGCCCUGCAGGUGCCACGUGCACUCCUCUCCCAUUGACCCGCGCUGCUUACUGCAUGUGCGCUCCUGGUUUUGGCAUGACCAGCACCGGAUGCGUGCAAGGCGCCACCCCCACCGUCUCCUCCACAAGCUUCACCUUCUAUGAUCAGCCCAACUUCACCAUCACUCGCUUCACAUCCACCAUGCGAGUCAACUGGGAUGGCUGCACCGACAUCACUCUCCCCCGCGCCACUGAUGUCAUGUCGUACACCCGCAUAGAGCCUGCUCCUGGAGGGGUGGGAAACUGCACGAAUGUGUGUGCGUACUAUGGGUACGGGUGUGCUGGAGCGUGCAAUUCGUUGUUCAGCCUGGCGGGCGCACCGCAGAUUGGCGUGUGGGCCAUCCCGUGA